CUCAAUUCGCUGACUUCAUACUCUCUACAGAUGCAGAAUCUGGACCAAAUCUCUCACCCGACCCAUGAACCUUGGUGAAUACUCAGCCUAAAUGACAACCCCUCGUAUAGAGGAGUUUUUCUCAAUUUAUAUGCAGCGAAGCAGAGACCUUAUGCACACUUAUAUAUAGAGCUCAAUGGAGCUUCCCCGGCCGUGAGAGAUUUCGAAUCAUUAUAUACCCUCCCAAAAUAGCUGUAAAAGUCAGAAUGUUGCGUAGACUUAGCCUAUUGGCACUGGCGGGCCUUGUUUCUCGCUCGGCCCAGCAGAGCUGCGCGGCCGUAUAUGGCCAAUGUGGAGGUAUUGGAUGGUCCGGGGCGACAUGCUGUGUUUCUGGUGUACAAUGCAGCGCGCUGAACGACUAUUAUUCUCAAUGCGUCCCAUCGACUGGUGGCAACGGCCCUACUGGAUCAUCGUCUUUAGCUACCUCGAUCCCUCACUCUCAAUCGUCGUCCUCAGCUUCCUCGAUCCCUCACUCUCAAUCAUCAUCUGUGGGACAGUCAACCGGCGUGUCCACAUAUACCACCACUGAUACCUCUACUGUUGCUCUCCAUUCACAGUCUCCUUACCCAAGUAUUGCUGCGUCCAGCUGCGGCGCAUGGACCCUGGUUGAUAAUGUGUGCUGUCCAUCAUACUGUGCCACCGAUGAUACCUCAGAGAGCUGCACCUGCAGUGACUGCACUACACCACCUUCGGCAGAUUGCAAAUCCGGAACUAUGUAUCCAGAAGUCCACACAGUUAGCACUAACGAAACUUGGCAUUAUAGUAGAUCUACUCACUUCGGGUUAACUAGCGGCGGAGCUUGUGGCUUCGGCCUCUACGGUUUAUGCACAAAAGGCAGUGUUACAGCGAACUGGACCGACCCAAUGCUUGGUACAACUUGUGAUGCUUUUUGUACGGCGUACCCUCUGCUCUGCAAAGAUCCUGCGGGCACCACUCUUCGCGGAAAUUUUGCGGCGCCAAAUGGAGACUAUUACACGCAGUUCUGGCCUUCUCUGGCAGGCGAUCUUGAUAACUACCUUUCUUGCGGUGAAUGUAUCGAACUUAUCCAGACGAAACCUGAUGGCACCGACUAUGCUGUAGGAGAAGCUGGCUAUACAGAUCCAAUCACCCUGGAAAUCGUAGACAGCUGCCCCUGUAGCGCGAACUCCAAGUGGUGCUGUGGUCCCGGCGCUGAUCACUGUGGAGAGAUCGAUUUCAAAUACGGCUGUCCUCUUCCUGCUGGCAGUAUUCAUCUUGAUCUCUCUGAUAUUGCCAUGGGCCGAUUACAGGGCAAUGGUUCUCUCAAUAAUGGUGUCAUUCCAACACGUUAUAGGAGAGUACAAUGCCCCAAGCUUGGUAAUGUGUAUAUAUGGCUUCGGAAUGGUGGAGGGCCGUACUAUUUCGCACUCACCGCUGUCAACACCAAUGGGCCUGGGUCUGUCACAAAGAUCGAGGUUAAAGGCUCAGAUUCAAGCACUUGGGUCCCCCUUGAGCAUGACCCCAACUACACCAGUAGCCGUCCACAAGAACGCUAUGGUAGCUGGGUAAUCCCGCAGGGAUCGGGGCCUUUCAAUCUGCCGGUUGGAGUUCGUUUGACUAGCCCAACAGGAGAGCAAAUUGUUAACGAGCAAGCUAUAAAAACUUUCACCCCACCAGCGACAGCAGACCCCAACUUCUAUUACAUUGACAUUGGGGUACAAUUUAGUAAGAAUUGAAAGUAUAUAGCAACGUAGGAUGUUCUUGGUGAUAGUUCUGUUAAUACAGCAGUGAUACUCA